GGAAAAAAACCAAACUCCGUCUCAGUCUGAUCUGAGCAGCACACAUGGUCAGUCCUCCCACGCUGCAGUCUCAUAAACUCUGUCUGAACCUGCCUCAGAGGAAAAACGCUCUCUCACAUUCAUUAAUAAAGUGUCGACUACGCACUGAUGGCGAGUAAAAAGAUGACUCAUCAAGCGACACUGAUGCUGCUAUUAAUAACCUGGAGGGAGAGCAUGCAUUGCAAUGGACUUACAGUGGAUCCUCCUGAAGACCUUGUGAUAUCAGACCCUGGACAUCUUGGACAUCUCGACAUUACAUGGAGCCCCCCGGCCAGUUUGAUCAAUGUGACAGAGUGUCAAAAACAGUAUCAGCUGGAGUACUUCAACACAUACAAGAACAGCUGGACUACUAUCAGGACGUCCAGGAUGACACACAGUGCCCAGUUUGAUCUGAUGAAAGACGUCAGAGUGAGAGUGUACACCUUGCUGAAUGGACCCUGCACCAAUGGCACCAUGAUGAAGAGCAUGAGCUACACUGAACUGAUCCGGAAACCACUCAGCACAGGUGUUGUGGGUACUGCUGUCCAGGAUUUUGUCUGUGUGUACCAUAACAUGAGGUAUGUGGAGUGCAGCUGGGGAAGGAGCCCAAAGAUGCCGACCAACUCACAGCAAAAUCUAUACUUCUGGCACAAAGAGCUGGAACAGGCAGAAGAAUGCCCAAAAUAUUUGUUCUCAAGUGGAACCAGGAGUGGCUGCAACUUCACAGGGAAAUCUCUCCCGGAGUUCACCAAUAUAAAUUUCUGCGUAAACGGCUCCUCUUCUGAAGGGCCCCUGAAACCGAUGUUCAUCUCCCUGCAAAUCCAAAACCAAGUGAAGCCUGACACCACAGAGAAAGUGCAUCUACAAACAGGUCCAGGCAUGCAGCUGGAGCUACACUGGGAUGGUCCUGCUGGGAGGAUUCCUGGACACUGCCUAGAAUGGGAGGUGGAACACAAUCAAGAGGAACCUGAUGGGAAAAUUGCUUCGCAUCAGAUUUCAACCAAACAGACGACCCUAUCUCUGCCCGCCAUCCACGACAAUCAGAGUAACUGCUUCAGGGUUCGGUCCAGAUUGCACAAGUACUGUGCAGAAAAGAGCUUUUGGAGUGAGUGGAGUCGUCCGACAUGCCACCCAGCAACAUCAGCAAGUCCUCAUGAGUCCCGCUAACUUUUUGGAUUCCCAGCUGGAAGACCCUGAUGUCCUCACCAAAUACCACUGAUACUGCCCAGAUCUGGUCUGCUGAAUGGCAAGAGGAAGGAUCAUCUUCUGUUUAGGCAUCAGAGAGUACUGGCAACAUCCUGACAGAAAUGUUCUGAUAAUUUUGAGAGGCUCAAACUGAUGAGUGCACCAUGAAUGUAUUUUAAGGGCUUCAAACAAGAGACAUUUAGUAGCCUGAAAGGCCUCACUGGCACUUUGUGUUCAUUUAUGUGGGGUCAUUUAAUAAUUUCAAAUUUGUUUGGGACUUUAUACCACUUAGCAGCAAAAAUACUGCACUUGUAAAAUGAUUUUUUGUAUAUCUAUGACUCACCGUGUGUUACCUUGAAUUCAUUCAGAAAACUUUGUUUCACUCUUAUAAUGAUAAUAUAGUAAUAAACUUUAUUUAUAUAGCACCUUUCAAAACACAGUUAUUAAGUGCUUUACAAAACUAAAUAAAAGACAAAGCAAUAAAACAAGAUAAAAACAAUAAAAUAGAAUACAAAUAACAUAGUAAAAACACACAAAAAAAGUUAAACCACCACAGUGAACGAAGAACACAAAGAAGGUGAACAUUCGGUCUGAAUUUUAGUUAUUGGGGACCACAUUUAACGUUGGUUCUCAAACUCUUACACAACUCGUGCAGUAUUAUCCAGAUGGCAUUUAUCCAGUCAUAUGCUCAGUACUUCCCAAACACAAGCAUUUUCACUAAAACGCUGUAAUAUAAAAAAAAGAGCAGAGUUCAAAUACCCAGUCACGUUACUUGUCUGUACAUUAAACUGUUUGAAAUUGCAAAGUUUUGGUGAAAAUACCUUUUUUAGAUUCUUUGCUCACCAUGGAGGCAUUCAUGAAAAACAAUUUUUCUUUAUCCCAAAAGGUAACACAGGGUGAGCAACUGAUACACAAAUGGCUUUUUUAUUUUUUUCUUAAUAUCUGUAUUUACAGUAUGUUGAGUGCAUUACAUCAAGAAAAGGAUUAAGCUUUUGAUUGUACAGCUACUGUUGCACAGCUAGUGACUCAUACUGUCUGUCUGUCUGUCUGUCAUCACUGCAUCUAAGAGUGGGAGCUGGCCACAUUAAGGACCGCAGUGCACAGAUAGAGUGGUGUUUUUUUCCAUUGCCUAAUGUAACGUUUGUUUUGUUAAAGGGACAUUACACAACUGUACUUUGGAAGGUACUGACAAGUAUUAUCUGUUUUUAUUUUCAUGAGAAUGUAGGAAUGCUGGUUGAUUUAUGGGGCUCUAAGUAAAAUGUGAUGAAACUGUGUUCUGCUGAGCGCACUGUACUGUAUGGGUACUUGAAGGCAACAGCAUCUGUAUGUAUUGCACAGUGUGGAAGAAAGGGGGGGCAGUAGGGGUCUAGUAGUUCAUUUUGCCUCUUGAAGGUAAAUGGCUGUUGGCCACAGACUGCCUUUUCAUCUAAUUUGCUGAAUGUUAAAAUUGGUCUCAAAGAUUCUUGUUAAAAUCUCCUUUUGGAUGUACACCAAUAUUGUAUAACUAAUUGGAUGUUUGUUUCAAUGUUUUAUGGUUGACUACUCGCCAAAACUCUUGCCAAUUUAUUAAAACAUGCAUGACUUCACUCUUGUUAAAAUUCCUAUUUCUACCAAUACAGAAGAAAUGGACUUAAAGUAUCCGUAGCUUCAGGCUUGAUAAAUGAAACUCUGAUCUCUGAUUUGAAGCGUCACAAUGUUUUGGCAAAAUACAUUUUUUUUUUACCAAACUCUAUGCUGGUGUCUCUGUUAUUGCUGUCCAGAUGGUUGAUUAGGGUGUCUCACAAGGGUCAACAUUAAGUCCCAUGUUGUUUUAGGAAAUAAGUAUCUAUUUUCCACCAUAUAUUGCAAUGUCCAUUUAUAUGCUGAUGAUACCAUCCUGUAUUCCAUCAGCAGCUCUACUGCAAACCGGGCAUUUCUUCAAGUUAGUCUGCUUUUGUCAACCUCCAGACCUCUUUUAUUACUUUAAAACUUUAUCAACUCAAAAAAAAACCAGUACAUAUUUCACAAAAGCACAGCAUUUUGAUGUCCCUACUCCUAAAUAUAAUGACACAGUGUGGCAUUAUAAGAACUUAGAAAUUUGGUUAGAUAGAAAAUUCUAUAAAACUCAUGAACUCUAAAGCUGAAAAUUCUGAUUGGAUUCUUGUAUGGGAACAGAAAACUGACCAUUUUACAAUCCACUAUAUAUUUUAUGGAGAUAUCCCGACCCUUUAACCACUGGACGCCAUUUACACACAACAUUUGAUUCAUUAUAAUCACACAGCUAUCACUCUUUUUUUCACAGGUUACAUGAAAAGGUUGAACGGCAAUUUAAAGACUAUGUCAUCCCAGCUAAUGAGAUUUUCAACUCACUUAGUUGAGUUUAAUGUAACCAACCAUGACUUGGAUCACAGAAAACGUUGAAUUAAAAGACUAAAUUACCAACUCUGACUCGGAGAAAACUGGUUUCUGGUACUAUGCGCCUUACAUCACUGAAAUUAACUGCAAAAUAAACAAAACACUGAUUCCCCUGACGGACUUUAAUGUUCUUUUUGCUGAUAUUUUUAGCAUGUGUGACCAUUUUGAUGUGUCUGUGUGUGGUAUGUGUGUGUAAUUACUGCUUUGUUUGGCAAAAUUUUGUCUCUCAUACAACGAAAGUGUUCAAAUUACUCAUGAAUUGAAUAACAAUGUCCAAAUAUGCAUCAUCAGCUUUGUUUAGACAUUGUGCUCAUCAUUUAUUGUUGGUUAUUUAGAUUUUAUUUGACUUAUCUUUGUGAGGUUCAUUGAUAGCUUUUUUUUGACAAAGGGAUAUGUUAAAAAAAA